CUCAAGUUCGGCUAUGCUCUCUAGCAAGGCCAGUACUGUCGUGUGACAAAGUUCAGGUCAAAGUUGUUCAUCUUCCACUGCUAGAGAAUUACAACACAUACAACAUGAGCCACAACCAGGACAAUAUCGCCUCGACGGGGCAAGACACAGAGAUGGUCGUCCUCGAUGGCAAGAUGGACGGGCUUCGUACCCAUGCUGAUGCGGCCCUGGGCUUUCUCGAGACUCACGAGAACUUCACAUACACCGAAGAAGAUGAGAAGGCGGUUCUGUGGAAAAUCGACAAGGUUUUGGUCCCACUGAUGAUGGGAUCGUAUAUCAUCCAGUACAUGGAUAAGAGUGUCAUGUCGCAGACUGCCAUCUAUGAUCUGUUCACGAGCCUGGGACUUGUUGGCCAACAGUACUCUUGGUGCUCUGCGAUAUUCUAUUUCGGCUAUCUAUCUUUCCAACCCGUCCUUGCACGUCUGCUCAACUAUGUGCCUCUGGGACGAUUCGUUGCGUACACUUCGCUGGCCUGGGCGUGUCUCUUGUUUUGCACGGCCGGAGCCUACAAUUUCACCGGCAUGAUGAUUGUGAGAUUCUUCCUCGGCGUUGCCGAAGGCGGUAUUUCGCCAGCAUUCGUUUUGAUCACCGGCGCAUGGUACAAGAAGAACGAGAUUCCCCUACGCAUCACCAUCUGGUACUGCGGCAAUGGCGUGGCCAACAUACUGCAAGCUUUCAUUGCAUACGGAUGCGGCCACAUCACCAACACCGGAAUCGCCGUGUGGAGGUGGUUUUUCAUCAUCUUCGGCCUCAUCGGUCUCAUCUGGGCCUGCGUGGUGUGGCUCUACUUUCCCGACAGCCCCAUUACCGCCAAAUUCCUCAACGAGCGUGAACGAACCAUUGCUAUCGAACGCCUUCGUGACAAUCGUACUGGUAUCCGAAAUACAGAGUUCAAGAAGGAGCAGCUGAAGGAAGCGUUACUGGAUGUCAAGGUCUGGUACGGGUUCUUCUACGCUAUUGCUUGUAUCGUGCCCUCCACGUCAGUUGCAAACUUCGGCGGGCUCAUCAUCAAAGGUCUUGGCUUCGGAACAUUUCAGACGUCGCUUCUCUCGUGCCCUUUAGGGGUUGUUGAAGACAUUGCUCUUCUAAUAACCGGAUACAUCGCUUUCAGUUAUCCCAAUAUGCGGUGCCUUAUGCAGUUCUUUUGUAACAUACCUGCUGUGGUGGGUUCGGUGCUUGUGUACACGCUGCCCACGUCCAACAAGGCCGGCAGACUGGUGUCUUUUUACAUCACACAAUUCACAAACGGGUCGCUACCUAUGAUGAUGGCGCUCACGACAACCAACAUCGCAGGCCACACCAAGAGAUCCGUGGCCACAUCGCUCAUGUUCGUUGGCUACUGCGUCGGGUUCAUCAUUGGACCUCAGUUCUUCCUUAGCUCGGAAGCUCCAAAAUAUUCCACCGGGUUCAAAACCAUGAUCAUCCUGUUUGCCGUUUCAUCAUUGGCCCCGCUUGGCUAUCUUACCUAUGCGAGGUAUCAGAACAGGCAAAAGGCCAAGUUCUUGGAACAAAGUGGCGAGGCAAACGUUCACAUCCAAAACGAAGAGUUCUUGGAUAUGACCGAUAAGCAGCAGUCGCAUUUCUUUUAUGUGACAUAG